CUGUCAAUACUUUAGGAUAAAUUUCUGUGUUUCUGCCGCACAGAUUGUUAGGUACACCAACGAUAAAAAACUAUGUUCGCCACAGCGCGAGUUUUGAGUUCCGCGAAAUGCAUCCGACUGUUGCCAACUUGUGUCCUGGCUCAAGAAUCUGCAAAUCUAAAGUUGCGGAAGAACUUGGCUUUAAUGAGGGGCAAUAUAGUUUAUAGACUAAAUUUUAAGCGGCAAAUUGCCGACAAAUUCCACGACAAGGGCAAAGGCGAUGAAUUCAACUAUUUCCUGAAACUUGGCAACGAGCAAUUCUUGAAGCUGAAAAAGAACAGAAUCAAGCAAAUCUUCGCUGAUAUUCAGAAACUAGAAGAAGACAUCAAGAAAAUGGAAAAACAGACAAGCCGCAAGUCCCAGAAGAACAGAGAGAAGCUUAAGAACGACUUGAAAGAGCUCAAGGAAAUGCUGAAGAGAUUCAAAAAGUCUCUCGAAAAAGAAGCAGAGUGA